CCAUUUUGUAUCAGAACAUUUCGGAUAAAUUAAAGAAAGACGGGUGUACGAUAGCAGAUUAGACAGCUAUCUAUGAGGUUAGAUAAUAUUUCCGUAAUCAAACAGACGGAAGUUGACGCCAAAUGGCGGUCGGUCGGCGUGGCUCUGGAAGAAGCUGCGAAUGGUGACGGAGAAGGAUGGACGACGUGUCCUUGUCGGAUUCGGAAAGGGUGGCCGGGGAGCGAUGGGCUCCGGUGGGGGCCGUGGCGAACCCCGAGGAGGAGGAGGAGGAGAGCAGCGUGGCCGGAGUGGGCCUGGCGGGCGGCGCGGCGGUUGCGGUGAUGGCGGAGAAGAUGCAGCGGCUGGAAGGUGAGCAGGAGCUGCUGAACUCGUCGCUGCUCGCACUCACCUCGCACUUCGCCCAGGUGCAGUUCCGCCUCAAGCAGAUCGUUAACGCGCAGAGCGAUGAGAAGGAACGGCUGUUGAAGGAGCUGGAGGACUUCGCCUUCAAGGGCUGCCCGCAGCCCUUCGUAACCCGGACACUGGAUGGACAACAGCUGGACAGUGCGAGUGAAAGGGAAAAACUUGAAAGGCUCGAGGCCCAAAGACAGAAGCAGAAGGAACUGAUUAUACAACUAAAAACACAGUUGGAUGACUUGGAGACAUUUGCUUAUCAAGAGGGCAACUAUGAGUCUCUCCCACAGUCGAUUGUUCUAGAGCGCCAGCGGGUGAUCAUAGAUGAAUUGAUUAAGAAGCUAGAUGUGAACCUAAGUGAAGACUUUAGCAACUUGUCGCCAGAUGAACUCCGACAUCGUGUUGAUGCAGCAAUUGCUCAAAUAGUGAAUCCAGCAAGAGUGAAAGAACAGCUGGUGGACCAGCUUAAAACACAGAUUAAUGACCUCGAAAUGUUCAUCAAUUUUCUCCAUGGUGAAGUUGGCAGUCCCCCACAAAUUGAGAUCGGGAGGUGUACAUGUCCUGUGCACGGAGUAAGUGGUUCCAAAGCGUCAACUGCAAAAUUAUCAAGUGGAAGCCAUCACGUGGAUCCAGAAACGGCAAGAAAAAUGAAGGCAACUGGGCUAAGUCUCAUGCGCAGAGUCCUGGCAGUGCUGCAGAUAUUUGCAGUUAGUCAGUUUGGGUGUGCGACUGGUCAGAUCCCGCGUGGAUUGUGGCAACCUGAUGAGGCUAACAAGGACUACAGUCCACUGCUUCUGAAACUAGAAGGAGCUGUGGAUAAAGUAAAGCAGCUAGCAUUAAGCUAUCAGUCGGAAGAACAUGUGAUUAGCUGCCGUGAUCUCAGUCUUAAUAGGAAAAAUGAGCUAACAACUGCUGUUCGAAAAGAGCUGGCAAUAUCUCUCAGGGACCUGAUGAGCCAUGGUUUGUAUGCUUCUUCUCAAGGAAUGAGUUUGGUUUUAGCACCAAUUGCUUGUCUUUUACCCUCAUUCACAGCAGCCCCGCAAACCAUACAUCCGUGGCAACUUUUUGUGAAAUACUACAACACUAGAAAUGGCAGAGCCUUUGUAGAGUCUCCUGCUCGUAAGCUGUCUCAAUCUUUUGCCUUGCCAGUGUCUGGAAGUGGUGUUGUGACUCCUAAACAAAGUUUACUCUCUGCGGUUCACACUGUGCUUACUGAGCAUGGCCCUUACAAGCGCAGUGCAGAUUCAGAAUUUAAGGCUUUAAUAUGCAUGGCAUUGAAUGAGCAGCGUUUGGUUUCCUGGAUAAAUCUAAUCUGUAAAUCCGGAACACUUAUCCAGAGUCACUACCAGCCAUGGAGCUACAUGGCUUCAACUGGUUUUGAGAGUACACUCAAUAUUCUUAGUCGUCUUAGCAACCUGCACUUUGAUCUGCCGUUUGACUCUGCUGUUCGACAAUUAAAAAACAUCAAAGAUGCUUUUUAGUGUUUCUUGAUCGGUAUAUUUUAUUCAAAACGUUCUAUUUUCUCCUACUUAAAAUUAAUUUAAAUGUUACUUACAAAUUAAACUAUGCUACUCCUUUAUGAAUUUAAAGUUUUAGUUGAAUGGUUGAGGCAUGUUUAGAAUUGAUUGGAUCAUUCUCUCCCCCAGUGAUCAGUUACAGUUCUAUUUUAAUUCUUAUUUAAGUGGUGACUAGUAUCCUUUUAUGAAACUCCAGAAUUAAAAAUUUAUAAGAAUAUUGCAGAUGGUUCACUGAAUUAUAGGAUGUACUUCCAUAUAAUGUCAUCAGCAAAGUAUAAUAGGAUAAUUACAAGAAAUGUGACAUUUGGUUGAAGUGCAUAUAUUAUCACACAGAUUAAAUUGGUCUUCUGGACAAGUUACGAUUGUUUUUGGAAAGCAUGAUCGUGAAUUUUGUACAAAAAUAAGCUUGCAGCUGGGUGAAGGGUGAAUGUCUUUUUCACAUAUCUUUGUCAUUUUUUAAGAGGAAUGUCUGCUAAUAAAAGCUGAGACAUUGCUACAAACUGGUUAAGUAAAAGAACAGCAAGCCGUAUAUUAUAUUUAUUGAGGCCUCUAAUGACAGAAAAUCUUGUUCUAAAGCAAGAAAUUUUGUGGGAGAGCCUUUGUCAAGUUUAAUGGCAAAGGUACAGUAUUUUCUCCAUUCUUGAUCUAUUGGUUAAUUUUUAAGUUUAAUCAUCUCCUAGUCUGCACAUCAGGCUUCUGCCUAGAAGUAGCCGAGCUUUAGGUCUGUUGUCUGUACUUAGUGGUGUUCUGCAGGGAUCUGCAGUGGGAUCUCUGCUGUUUGUGAUGUAUAUAAAUGACUUGGAUGAAAAUGUAGAUGGGUGGGUUAGUAAAUUUGUAGAUGAUACCAAGAUUAGUGGAGUUGUGGAUAGUGUAAAAGACUGGCAUAGAAUACAGCACAAUAUAGAUCAGUUGCAGAUAUGGGCAGUGAAAUGGCAGAUGGAGUUUAACUCGGAUAAAUGUGAGGUGUUGCACCUUGGUAGGGCAAAUGCAGGGACACAGUACACUGUUAAGGGCAAGGUCCUUAACAGUGUUGCUGAGCAGAGAGAUCUUGGGGUGCAAGCUCUGAAAGUGAUUGCACAGGUUGAUAAGGUGGUGAAUAAGGCCAAUGGAAUGCUUGCAUUUUAUUAUUCAAGGCAUUGAGUUCAACAGUCAGGAGAUUUAUGCUGCAACUUUAUUGAAACUUAGUUGGGGCACAUAUGGAGUAUUCCAAACAGUUCUGAUUGUCCCAUUAUAGGAAGGAUGUUGAGGGUUUGGAGAGGGUGUGGAAGAGGUUUACUAGGAUGCUGCCUGGUUUAGGGAGCAUGUGCUAUCAUGAGAGGCUGGACAAACUUGGGUUGUUUUCUUUGAAGCACCUGAGGGGAGGUCUGAUAGAGGUUUACGAGAUUAUGAAAGGCAUAGAGUAUCUUUUUCUGAGGGUGGAAAUGUCUAAAAUCAGAGGGCAUGAAAUGAAGAUGAGAGGGGAUGUAAGGGGUAAGGUUUUUUUUUACGUAGAGUGGUGGAUGCUUGGAAUGCACUGCCUGGUAUGGUUGUCGAGGCAAAUACAUUAAGGACUUUAAGAGACGUUUAGAUGGGCACAUGAAUGUGUGGAAGAUGAAGUGAUAUGGACAGUGUAAAGGUAGGGGGGAAUUAGUUUUUCAGGGGGUUUGGUUUACUUUUUAAGCUAGUUUGACACAACAUUAUGGCUGAAGACCCUAUUCCUGUUCUGUACUGUUGUAUGUAAAAGAUUUUUUGACACUGUUCUGACAUUGCUCCAAUGUAUCUUCCUUUUUAUAUAUAUAUAUAUAUAAGAAAGUUACAAAGAACCUGCCCUUAAGCCUAAUGUUUUAGCUUGUUACAUGGGAAAUUGCUGUUUAAACCCACACCUACCAUUGUCUCGUGUGUUCCUAGUGAGCAUCCUGUACUUUUUGUCUUGCAUAUUAAUUUUGUACUGUCUGGAUAUUGUGUAUGACCCAUGACGUAAUUGACUACUGUAAGUGUCCUGUGUUUGAUAUGGAGUGUGACAUUUUCUUUAAUUUCUAGUGUAUUAAUUGUUCUUGCUACCAAGAAUAUCUAUUAUUACCUGAUCAUUAUAUCAGGUAGCUAAGUAAAUAUAAAUAUCUAAGAUAUCUUAAAUUUAAAUCAUUUAUUUGAUAAUAUAUAUUAAGAUGUAAUAUAUUCAAUCAUGAUGAUGGCCUAGGAGGUCUGAGAAAUCAUGGAAAUCCAUUUUCAUUGACUGGCUUUGCAUUUUUUGCUGAGGUGUUAUUAAUGUAAUAUACUUUUUUUCUGGUCAACACUAUUCUGAUAUGUAGCAUUUGAAGGUAACAUGUUGGAUGAAAUAUAUUGACAUCUGAGUUAUUUUUUGUCCAGUAAUCCCAUUUUCUCUAAACUAUUUUAGAAGUUAUGUAUGUCAUAUUAAUUUUAUGUACUUAAUCACUUCAUUGUGAAAAUGGAAUCACUGGAUAAUGUGGUCAAUUGAAAAUGGGACCAUUGCACUGUUUAACCUAUAAUCUGUGGCAAAUUCUCCAAAUUAGGUUUGGAGAAAGGUCUAGUCACUUGAGUGCAAAUUUUCAAAGUCCUCAGUUAUGCUAAAAAAAAUGGAUCAGGAGUGUUUCAUUAUUUUGAAACAUUUGAAAUACGCACUACACCAGAGAACAAGAAUGGAAAAAAAUCCUUGUAACAUAACAAUGCCCAGACAAUAUUUCUCAUCAAUCUUCAUUUUGAAAUGGGAGCAAACCUCAACUAAACAGAAAAUUGUUGGUUUUUUACCUCAUAAAACAGGAAGGUGUAUAAUCCAUAUGUAUAAUCUGCAUUGUAGAAAGUUGAUAAUUUGAUCAAUGUAUCAGUUUGAUUUUUAUUUUGCUAAAGGUUUAAGCAAAGAAAAAGCUGAAACUUUUUUUUCAAGAAUCAAACCAAAUUUGAUACCUUUUGAUAGCCAUUGUUAGUUUGAUCAGAAUUCCCUUUGGCAUUUGUAAAGGUGAAACUUACUAAUUUAGAAUUUAUUAUACUAUCUUGUCUAGUUCAAAUCUUUGGGUAAUUAGAUUUUUUAAAAAUCAUUCCCCAAAGUCUCUAUAUCUCAUAGUUACAAAGGAGUAUUUGUAACUUCUGCUAGAUUCUGUUGAAUUUCAUUAGUUCAUGAAUGUACUUGCCCUGGGGUUAAAUGAAGCAUUUUCACAAAAAUAUCAAUGUUGUAUGUUUUGCAUUAUUUUCCACUAAAGUCUGUUGGAGACUUCACCCAGCUAUUUGAAAUCUUCACGCUUGAAUAUUGGCUUCCUCUUUAAACGGUUUAAACAAAUUUGUAAAGUGUUGUAUUAAAUCUGGAGUCAAAUUUGACUUUAUCCAUUAGUUAUGGGGCGGGGGGGGGGGGGUGUAGGUUGCACCUAGAUGGUUAAGACGUUGGGUUGCUUGAGAUGAGAGUUUGUUCACUUCUAUUGAAGUACCCUUGGGUGGGUGUUCCCACCAUGACAUUUUUGCAUUUCCCAUUGAAAUGUGUUUAUUGGCUUUUGUUAUUUGUGGUCAUUUCAAAACAAUAUCCUGCAGUUACUGCCGGUUGUGUUGGAUAUACUUUCUGUCUCUUGGUUAGUGAAGUGUAUCAGAGACAUUUGACAAGAGUAUGUGCUGACUUUGCCUGUGGUGUUUCUGCAUACCUUCCCUGCCACCCCCAACCCAACCUCUGACAGUAGAACUGUACACUUACAAUAUUGAUGUUCUUGGUAUGGACAACUAAUAGAAUAGUUAAUCCUGAUAUAGCUUCUACUAGAAGUGACUCCAGAUUGUCAUUCAGGUCUGCAUUACCAUUAUGGAAUAGGUUUUUUUUUUGUUGUUGUUUGAGCUGCUUAUUCUGCAGGUAACGGGAUACUAUAUUUACGUCCUGAGACAAGUCAGUUUUAAUUGGCUGUCAAAGGCAGGCGGAUUCAAGUCACCUGUGUUACAUGUACAUUUUAAUCUGUGGUUGCUUUGUUUGAUUUAUGGAUGCUUUGGAGUGGUGUUGGCUCUCAUCCUGGUUUGUAUUGUAUUUUUGCUGCUAUUCUGAGUCCUGACACUCAGUUAUAAACUUGUACUUAAGGGAUGUUACUGAGCGACUGCUGUCUUUUUACUGAGAAAUAACAAACCUGUUCAGAUCAUUGAUAAGAUCCUUGAUGUUCAUGCCAAUGUUUCCCACCAGCAAUCACCUCCGAAAGCACAUGAACCAAUUAAGCUUCGCAAUUGAUGUUACUAAUUUACCACACUUCAGUUCAUGUUGAAGGGUCCUUGGGAAGUCAUAUUUGAUGAUGCACAAUGCCAGGUUUAUUUCCAAAGAUGAAUGGAAUCUUGAGGAUUAUCCAGCUCAGUAAUGAAACACUAUCAGAUUCUGAAAUUCUUCAAACUGAUCUGCUUAAUUUCAAACGCUCCUGCAUUAAAUCCUCAGCAGUUUAUUUUUUGGUCUAAUGUUUAACAAUUUAAGUUGCAGCUAUAGUUGUAAUUGGUAGAUUGUGUGGAACAAAAUAACAAAUUGCAGUAAAUACACAGCAGAUCAGUUAGCAUUUGUAUAGAUGAGAAUACAUAAAGUAAAAGUGUGAGCAGAGCCAUUCAAGUCUGCCCUGGCAUUUACUUUAGACAAUGAUUGCUUCUGUGGAUCAUCACCACACACCCUGACCCACUUCAGGUUGAUGACUCAGAGCUUUGGAUCAGUGCUGCCAGAAUUGAGUAUUACCAGUGUUUUAUUUUCAUUGAACUUUCCAAAAUCUGUGUUUUGGUUUGGUCUGAAACUGAACAUUAUACCAAACUUUGUUACUUUUCAAAACCCCAAAAUGAAUAAAGUCUUGUAAUUGGUAAACAAGUUCAAAGUAAAUUUAUUUGUACAUAUUUGUCACCAUGUACUACCCUAAGAUUCAUUUUCUUGUUGGGCAUUCACGGUUGAUAUAAUGGAUUCACUGGGAAAACUCUGCACAACAUAGACGGGCAAACAACCAAUGUGCAGAAGACAAACUGUACAAAUAGAAAGAGGGAAAAACAAAAUAAUUACUAAAUAAAGAAGCAAUAAGUAUUGAGAACAUGAGCCCAUUGGAUGUGAAACCAGUUCAGAGUUGAGGUGAGUGAAGUUGCUCCCCUCUGGUUUGAGAACCUGAUGGUGGGGAUCCUUCAUGGAUUCUGCUUUCCUGCAACAGUGCUUGUAGAUGUGCUCAAUGGUGGGGAAGGCUUUAUUGGUGAUGGACUGGGCUGUAUCUACUUUUUGUAGGAUUUUCCAUUCAAGGACAUUGGUGUUUCCAUACCAGGCUGUAAUGCAGCCAGUUAAUAUACUCUCCACAAUACGUUUUAGAUGAUAUGCUGAAUCUUCACAGACUUCUAAGAAAGUAGAGAUUCUACUUUUAUUGGUAUGAGAGAGGAAAUCAGAAAAGGUUGAGUGUAUGGUUGGGUCACUCAGCCAUACUCAGUGUCGUGUUACAAUAUGUAAUUUUAGAUCUGUAAAUCAGAUAGGAGGAAGGUUAUCUUCAUAACUUACUAGGUUUUUAAAAAAAUGCUAGUUUUUAUUGAAAGCUGUAAAGAUAAUAAUUACCAGCUCGAAUAUUGUGCUACUGGUUUUAGUAAAUUAUUUUGACUGCACUACAUGUAUCAAGAAAAUGCCUUUACUCGCCAAAGGAUAUCGACAGUUACAUUAAAAUGAGCAGCAUUUUCUUACUUAAAUGUAACUGCAGUCAAUACACACAUUUAAAGGCCUUUGUUCAUCCAUGAAAAAAAGCUUAGAUCUUGAAAAUAAUUUUUGUGAAAUCACCAAAAUAAAUUGAUAAACAAGGUGAAUGAAGACCAAUUGACUAUGCUAUAUCAUUUGAAUAAAUGUGAUUUCUUUGCUGAAAUCUUUAUUUGUCAUGUCUAGGUUAUAAAUUUCAGGAUGAUGGUGAAAGCUGUGGAAUGUAAUUGUAUAUAAAGCUAAUGUGUAUAUUUUGGAGUUGUAAAAUUAUGCAGUAGCAUAAAUAGCAUGCAUUAUAGUUCUGGCACAUUCUAAGUAUCGAAGAUUAAGAAAUAAAAUUCUGAAUAUUCCAAUAUUUGCAGUCAUA